AUAGCUGAAUCACUUAAUUAGCUUGUACCACUAAAUAUCAAAAUCUUGUAGCUUUCUCAAACAAUUGUCAUAUGGCGGAAAAAACAAAUGGAGUUGCAAGAAUCCAUGAAGGAGACCAAGUUGAGUCUCAAGCUCAAGAGGAUAUAUGGAACUGCAUCUUUGGUUUCACUGAAAUGGCUGUAGCAAAAUGUGCUAUUGAAUUGGGGAUUUCUGAUUUCUUGGAAACCCAUCAAGAACCCAUCACCUUAAACCAAUUGUCAUCUGCACUUGGCUGCUCUUGUUCUUCCCUACAUCGGAUCAUGAGGUUCUUGAUUAAUAGGGGAAUAUUCAAAGAUGUAUCCAUUGGACACGGCGAAAUGGGCUAUGUCCAAACGCCGGUUUCUCGUCUGCUGACGAGAAACGGAGGAAAUAGCAUGGCUGCUCUUGUCCUACUUGAAAGUAGCCCGGUCAUGCUUGCGCCAUGGCAUUAUCUCAGUGCCCGCGUUUUGGCAAAGGAAAAUACAACAGCAUUUAGUGCAGCUCGUGGAAAGGAUGUUUGGGAAUACGCAAAAACCAAUCCAGAACAUAGCAAGCUGAUCAACGACGCCCUGGCCUGCCAUGCACGGGCGACACUGCCUGCCGUUAUCGAUAAUUGUGCGGAGAUAUUCAAAGGGAUAGAGUCAUUGGUGGAUGUUGGGGGAGGUAAUGGUACAACUCUUGGUUUUUUUUUGAGUAUUUUUGGAUUAAUGUGGGAUAAUUUAUUUCGUAUUUUGAUUAUUGUAUGUGUUAUGUCCCAUUGCUUGUUUAAUGUAAUUAUUUGAUUUUUUGUUUAACCA